AUGGCUAAGUAUUGCUUAAAAAAACCAAGCAAACGACAAACAUGUGCGAAACGUUAUAAAAUAGCGAAGAAAGUCAGGGAACACAACAGGAAGCUUAAGAAAGAAGCGAAAAAAGAUAAAGCGAAGGUGUGGAAGGCUAAAAACAAGCCAAUAAAUGUACCAAACAAGUGUCCAUUCAAGGAAGAAAUAUUGAUACAAGCAGAAAAAGAACGAGAACGCAUUGAGAAUGAGAAAUGUGAAAGAAAAAAAGCUAAGAAGCAAAAGCAACCCGAUGUUGCAAGGGUUGGGACAAAACGCAAAUGUAUUUCGGAUAAUUUACACACAUUGGCUUUGAAGGCUACAGAGCAGGAAGAAGAAAUAUCAGAACGUUCUGAGAACCAAAAUGUGAGAAAUUUGGAAGAAAUACGUGAGAAAAUACAGAAACAGUAUGCUAGUGAAGUUCGGAAAACUGUUGAAUCGGCAGAUAUUAUUAUUGAGGUGCUCGAUGCGCGAGAUCCGUUAGGGAGUAGAAGCAGAAAUGUCGAAGAAAGUGUUUUGAACGCAGGAAAACGACUUGUUUUGCUUCUAAACAAGAUUGACCUUGUACCGAAAGGAAAUGUAAAAAAGUGGCUUGCGUAUUUGCGCCAGCAAUUGCCAACUAUAGCUUUCAAAGCUUCAACUCAAGAACAGAAUCGUAAUUUGGGACGUUUCAAUUCAUCAAAUUUGCAUUCUAAAACUUCAAAAUGUGUUGGGGCAGAUCUUGUGAUGAAGCUUUUGUUAAAUUAUUGCAGAAACAAGGACAUUAAGACAUCGAUUCGGGUGGGUGUAGUAGGUUAUCCUAAUGUUGGCAAAAGUAGUUUUAUCAACAGCUUGAAAAGGAAACGAGUUUGUGAUGUUGGUGCUAUUCCAGGAAUUACGAGACAAGUGCAAGAAGUAAAUUUGGAUAAGCACAUCCGAUUGUUAGAUUCUCCUGGUGUAAUAUUAGAGCCAAAAGGACGUUUGGAUAGCAGUGAAAUUGCUCUGAAAAAUGCAGUACGAGUGGAAAGCCUAACUGACCCCGUUGCUCCAAUACAAGCCAUUUUGAGACGCUGUUCUCGAGAUAGUCUGAUUCUUCACUAUGAAAUACCAGAAUUCAAAACUUGUGAUGAAUUCCUGGCCUACAUUGCUCGAAAAGGGGGUAGGCUGAAGAAAGGUGGUUGUCCUGAUUUGAAUGCUGCAGCUCGAAAGGUACUGAUGGACUGGAAUUGUGGAAAACUACGGUACUUUACAGAACCGCCAGAGAGUAUAGUGGAUCAGAGUCCCAGUUUGUGUUCUUCAGAGCUGUUAAGUGAAAUGUCAAAGGAAUUUGAUUUGGAAACAUUAAAUGAUGAGCAGAAAACGUUAGUGGAAGGGCUACCAACCACAAGCGCCAUGAAAGUAGUGGUAAAAUAUAAUCUGGCAGCAACAACAGAAAAAGAAGAAGGAAAUAAUGAUGGAGCACGAAUGGAAGUUGAAAACAUACCGGGGGAUACUCUUAUCUGCUGUGAAGAGAAGAAAAACAUACGAGACGACGUAGUGAUGAAUGAAAAUAGUCUCUUGGAUUCCUUCAAUAUUGAUGGGAACUCCCAAAUAAAUCGUGCGAUUAAGAUAGCAGUAAAAAAACACAAGAAGAAAAAGAAGAAACUUCAUAAGCGUACUGAAGAAAUAAUUAAUACAAUGACAUCAACAUCACUUACCGACAAGCAAGAAGAUUAUGAUUUUGGUAUGAUGAAUGAAAAGUAA